AUGUUAUUCGUUCUUCUUACACUCAUCUUUGUUCAAAGCUGUCGAUCAGUGAAAAGAAGGGUCGCAGGAAGGAAACUUGAAACACAUUUCACAAUGUCUACAGAAAUUUUAAGACCUAUUUCUAGUCUGAUUAUGUACACCGGAUACAAACUCGCGGAGUUAUGUAAUUCAAACUCACCUCUAUUUGAUUAUGAUACGCCUUUUAAUGGAAGAGAAAUUAGUUUAUCUUAA